CGUUUUCCCGACAUUGUUUUUAGAGCGUGCUGCUCUCCAUCGUCGAGAUCAGUCUGCGCCAUUGGAGCGGGCAGUGCUGAAAAGUAAUCCCCACCAUGGCAGCACUGGAAGCAUUGGACUUCGUCCCCGCCGUCGACAAGUUCACGCCACUGUCCCAGCAUCAAGAACAGACUCCCGGCACCUUCUUCGAUGGUCCGCCGGUGCUUCACCUCCAUGCACCGAACACACAUAUCACUCUGCCGCUCGCCUCGCACCAAAAGCACCAACCGCUCAAGAACCUAGCGGAGACCGUCAACGAUGAUGUAGCACAAGAGGGCAAUGUUCGCCUCGCAGAUGUCGACGUGUGGGUGACAUCAAAACACUUGAUCUUACACUCAACCAACUCAAAUGGCGGCUGCCGCUUUACCUAUCCCGCCAUCACCAUCACGGCUAUCGACGGCGAUGCAGUCCUCCUCGAGCUUAACCUGUCUGAUGCAGAUACCGCCGACGACGACAUCGAGUACUUCCAAUUGAAAAUAUUUGCUACUGGGGUACAACACGGCGCAUCGGAUGCUCAAGCAACUGCGGGUAGCUCUAAUGGCACCAACGGCACAACAUCAGACAAUGACGCGACCACGGCCCUGUACAAAGCAAUCGCAGAUUGCCAGGAACUGAACCCUGAUCCUCCAAUGCCUGGAGAGGAAGGCGAGGAUGGGGAGCCCGUCUUCGAUGAGACGGCGCCAGGAGCUACGGGAUGGAUUACGAGUGAGAAUAUGGAUCAGUUCAUGGACGCUGACGGGAACUUUCGAAUGCCAGAAGGCGUGACGUUCAUUGGAGGAGAAAGUGAAGAUCAAGAAGGCGCGACUACCGAAGGUGUCCAAGCACCACUUGGCGAGGGUGCAGGCAGAACGCGAACUGCGGCAGAAGCUGGUGUUGAAAGGGAAGACGAGAACAAGUGGCGCGCAACUGGCGACUGAGGGGACAAAAGCGCAGAGCGGCGAAGACAAGCAUAUGCGACACUUUCGCACGAAGUUACGAGCUGUGGAAAGUCUGGCCCACAUGGACUAUUUCCAAAGAAGCGCGGUCGUUUCUGUCGACCCAAUCCGACAUUGCCUCCAACGCUACAGCCUUGGCUUGCCUGCUGUCAGCGGAUCUGCCACUGCCGGGUUCUUCGUAUUCACAGGACUAAACCAAGGGUGGACUGGAGGAGAGUCUUUUUGCACAGUCGCAGUAAAGACAGCUUUCCUCUUCUCCAGGAAUGCAGCAACAGCCUCGUCAUUAU